GAUGUUGUAAUAAUCAUGUAUGUUUCUUGUGUCAGUCGUCCAGUGAAGGUAUGUCUGUGUCCGUAUCUACCGGCGCAUCCUCUUGAUGUCUCCACCUCUCUCUAUAUCGUCCAACAUCCAGCUGAGGAGAGUCGAGUUCUCCGCACGGUUCCUCUCCUGACGGCGUGUCUUCCUCCAGGAAAAUGCAAAGUUUUCAUUGGAAGGCGAUUUUCUGAAGAAAGACAUCCAGAGCUGGCGGCCGUGUGUAAAGACACACACACUCUUCUUCUGUAUCCAGGAGCUUCUGCGGAGAAUCUGGAGGAUGUGACAUCAGAUUUCUCCUCCACUCCACACAACGUCGUUCUGAUCGACGGCACCUGGAGUCAAGCCAAAGACAUGUUCCUCCGAAACGGCCUCUUCAGACUCCCGAGACAGGUGCAGCUCGGCAGCGCCCCGUCCAGUCAGUAUGUGAUCCGCACGCAGCCCACCAACAUGUGUGUGUCCACGCUGGAAUGUGCCGCCGUGACACUCGCCAUCAUGGAGAAGAACCACAACAUUCAGGAGGUUCUCCUCAAACCUCUUCAGGCUCUGUGUUCAUUCCAGCUCCAACACGGUGCUCAAAUUCACCACAGUAAAGAACAUUUGAUCAAGAACGGACAGUACAACAAGAUUCUGCCCAUAAACAAGCGCAAGAUCCGCAGGAUGCAGAAACUCAUCACCAAUGAAAACAUCUGAGACCGUUUCAGAUCAACUAAAGCAGAUUUUGUUUUCUAGUUUCUCAUUCGAUCAGAAUGGAGUUUACCUUUUCAUGUUCAAAGAGCAAUAUUUAUAUUAUCUGUUUAUGAAUCUGAUAAAGACUGUAACUGUAGAUUUAUUAAUAAAUGUGAUAUUAGUCAUG